AUCAGCUCGGCGCAGGCCGCUCCUCGGCCGCGGGGUUUCAGACCGGACCGUCAUCCAUGUCCGCAGCGGUGAUUUUAGCCGCUGUCCUGGGCGAUGGGGUGCUGCUCAUCGCUCGAAGAAUCUUCUCCAGACGGUCAGUUGUGACACUGCGCUAUCCCCCCACGAUGAUGCGGGGAAAGACUGUGAUAGUGACCGGGGCGAACAGCGGCAUCGGGAAGGCCACCGCGGCGGGGCUGGUGCAACUGCAGGCCCGGGUGAUCAUGGCCUGCCGGGACCGGCAGAGGGCAGAGGAAGCUGCCCGGGACAUCCGGCAGGGGGUCGGGCCCAGUCAGGGAGAAAUAGCGAUUAAACACUUAGACCUGGCGUCUCUGAAGUCUGUGCGCAGUUUCUGCGAGGAUAUAAUACAGAAGGAGCCAAAGAUUGACGUUCUGAUUAACAAUGCGGGAAUCUUCCAAUGCCCGUACACCAAAACGGACGAGGGGUUUGAAAUGCAGUUUGGAGUUAACCACCUGGGCCACUUCCUCCUGACAAACCUUCUGCUAGAUCUGCUGAAGAAGUCUGCCCCCAGCCGAAUCGUUGUGGUCUCCUCCAAGCUCUACAAAUACGGCCAGAUCAACUUUGAUGACUUGAACAGUGAGCGCAGCUACAACAAGGCCUUUGCCUACAGCCAGAGCAAGCUGGCCAACCUCCUGUUCACUAUGGAGCUGUCCCAGCAUCUGCAGGAUAGCGGUGUGACCGUUAACGCCCUGACCCCAGGCAUGGUGCGGACCAACCUGGGGAGGCAUGUCCACAUCCCCCACCUGGCCAAGCCCUUGUUCCACCUGGCGUCCUGGGCCUUUCUGAAAAGCCCACUGGAAGGUGCUCAGACCCCCCUUUACCUGGCCUGCUCCCCAGAUGUGGAGGGGGUCGGGGGGAGGUGCUUCGCCAACUGCAAAGAGGAAGAGCUGCUGCCCAAAGCCAGAGACGAGCAGGUGGCCAGGAAGCUGUGGGACGUCAGUCAGGUCAUGGUGGCCCUGAGCAGCUGAGCAGAACAGGGCUGGAUGAGACGUCUGUCAGCACCGCGAGGACACGGCAGCUCACAGAUGAGACGUCUGUCAGCGCCGCGAGGACACGGCAGCUCACAGGACAAACCUGCAGAAUGUGGGUGUGAAGGGACAUUUUAUUUAUUUAUUUAUUUAUAUGGCAGGCAUCCUUACCAGACUGAUGUAUAUGGAAAUGGAAUAUACAAGUGCAGAAAACAUUUACCAAAUAAGUGUUUGUACUUGUGCUUGUAUAACUAAUCUCUGAACAUAGCUACCUAAAUAUAGGCAUUUUAUGCAGGAAUACCUCAGAGAUCGUUGUAACUGUUACUGAUAAUCACAAGCUGCUGACUGGAUUCCCACAACCUAACUGUCCCUUGGAAGAUGUGCACUCAGGGCUGGGUUUUAUUCAAUAGGGGAUCAUCUUCUUUCCCCUGCUAAAUGCAGUCUGACUCCAUGCAUUGAUUUUCCAUUUUAAUUUUUAGCAAACAAAGAUGCUUAUUUUCCUCUGUUAAGCUGGUUGCUUA